AAAUGCAAAAGAUUUGUCUUUUACUUUCUUUCUUCAUCAACGGCUCUCUGAUCCACAGUAGCCGGAGAAAAAGCAGAGAGCUCAAAUUGUCGGAAUUAAGAAUCCCCAAAUCACAUCUUCAAGAACCCUAAUAAAUUCCCAGAGAUUCCUCUCAUUUAAUCACUUCAGAUUCGAAAAAAGUUCUCUCUUUUUCCCAAAAAAAACUUUCUCAUACAAUGGACUCUACUACCACACCUCCUUCUCUCCGUUCGAAUACUAGAUCCGCUUUGCGUCUAGCUCGAAACAACAAAACUCUCGUAAAAUCUCACAUUCCAUCUCUCGAUUUGGUUUUAUUGUCUCCGAAGAACAACAACGGUACUCCUUACCCAUCACCUGUUUCUCUCAGUUCACCAUCUUCUCCUGUUACUCUUCGUGAGAUUCUCCUUUUAUCUCCUUCCCCUCUUCGUAAAUCGAGAACCCGUUUAAGCAAUCGGUUCGAUAUGGAAGCUGCGGAGGCUGCUGUGACGGCACGACGGAGUAAGACGAAGGGAGGGCAAAAUGGUCUUUUGGCCUCGCCGUCGCCGAGGAAUUUCCGGAGGUCGAGACUAAGGUCGGAGGCGAUGGUAGAUACAAAGGAAAAUACGGAGCCAAUUGUUGUCGUGACCGAUGAAAAGAAACAAAACCAGAGGAAACAGAAGAAGUUGGGUCGAUCUAAGAAGGAGAAGCACAGUUCUGUUCCUCUGUUAGCUUCUCCUAGUCCAUCUUCAGAUCAACCUCAAGAUGUUUGUCAAGGUGAUUUAGAGCGGAUUAGAGAGAAUAUAAGCGAUUUGAUUAUGUGGAGAGAUGUUGCGAAAUCAACACUUUGGUUUGGUUUUGGCUGUAUAUGUUUCCUAUCUACUUGCUUUGCUGCUAAAGGAUUUAACUUUAGUGUUUUCUCAGCGAUCUCCUAUCUUGGACUUUUGUUUCUUGGGGUAUCGUUCUUGUCAAAUACUCUUCGCCAAAGGGUUACUGAAGAAGCGCGGAGAGAGCUUAAAUUGAGUGAAGAUGAUGUAUUACGAAUAGCUAGACGAAUGCUUCCCAUCACCAAUUUAGCAAUUUCAAAGACGAGUGAGCUUUUCUCUGGUGAACCAGCAAUGACACUCAAAGUGGCACCUUUUGUUCUAAUGGGAGCUGAGUAUGGUUACCUCAUAACAUUGUGGAGAUUAUGUGCUUUUGGUUUCUUCCUUAGCUUCACUAUUCCAAAGCUAUAUUCAUGUUACGCAAGUCAGCUUAACCAAAAAGUUGAGUGUGCACAAAGGAGAUUUGUUGAAGCUUGGGGAGUUUGCACACACAAGAAAUUCGUAGCAGGCUCUGCAGUUACUGCAUUCUGGAAUCUAACUUCUCUCAAGACCCGUUUUAUUGCAGUGUUUAUCAUAGUAGUAGUAAUCAGAUACAGACGACAGAAUCUACAGUUAGAUUCCGAGGAUGAGGAGGAGAAGAAGCAACAAGAAAAAACUCACCCGGAGCAACAAAAAUCGCCGGAGGAUAAGUCAACUUCACCGCGGUCAGCAGAAGAAGAGCAAGCGUUGGUGCUAGUUGCAGAAACCAAAGCACCAAAGAAGCUUUAUUAGUCUAGUCACUAGUGUCUUUUCAGUAUCCACCUGUGUAAUAAUAUUUCACAUUUACGUAAUAAUAAAUAAAGAGCAGUCAUUAAUAUCAAAUA